AUGGCGGCCGAAAAACCCGCCCCCUACGCCCCUCCCCCCUUCGCGCUGCAGCUCCAGCCUUGCUCCGCCUACCUGCCCGUCUACCCCGGGCAGCGGGGGGCGCCCCCCCACGAUUACCUGCCCAUCGCCGUCCUGACCACGCUCUGCUGCUUUUGGCCCACCGGCGUGGUCGCCAUCGUCAAAGCCGUGCAGGUGCGCGCGGCCGUGGCUCGCGGGGACAUCGCCAGCGCCGAGAUCGCCUCGCGGGAAGCGCGGAACUUCUCCUUCAUCAGCCUGGCCGUCGGCAUCGCCGCCAUCGUCCUGUGCACCAUCCUCACCGUCGUCAUCAUCAUCGCCGCCCAGCACCACGACAACGACUGGGACCCCUGAAAUCGCCCCAAAAAAUGGCUCCGGGGGGAAAAGUGGGAAAAAAUCCGAUUUUUGGGGAAAAAACGGCGCUGAAAUCGCACAAAAAUCCGAUUUUUGGGGAGGUUUUUGGGGUAAAAUUGGCCCUAAAAUGGAAAAAAUCUGAUUUUUUGAGAGGUUUUGGGGUU